GCAGCAGUCUUCAACUAUUGAAAAUUGUGUCGUCUGGUGAUCAGAACAAAGAUGGGAGUCUCGACUUAAACGAGUUCAGCAAAUAUAUGAAAGAGCACGAGAAGAAGCUGCUCCUGACAUUCAAGAGUCUGGACAGAAACAACGAUGGACGCAUUGAUGCCUCAGAGAUCCAGCAGUCCCUUGCAGAGCUGGGCAUGGAUAUCAGCAAAGAGAAUGCCCUGAAAAUAUUACAGAGUAUGGACAACGACGGGACCAUGACGGUGGACUGGAACGAGUGGAGAGAACAUUUCCUGUUAUGCCCUGCUUACAACCUGGAAGAGAUCAUACGCCACUGGAAACACUCCUCGGUGCUGGACAUAGGUGACAGUCUUGCCAUCCCGGAUGAAUUCACUGAGGAGGAGAAGAACUCAGGUUGCUGGUGGAAGCACCUGGCUGCAGGUGCAGUGGCGGGGGCCGUCUCUCGCACUGGCACUGCCCCGCUGGACAGGAUGAAAGUCUUCAUGCAGGUUCAUUCUUCUAAGACUAACCCAAUAAGCCUGGGAGGGGGAUUCAAGCAGAUGAUCAUAGAGGGAGGUCUGACUUCACUGUGGAGGGGAAAUGGCAUCAACGUUUUAAAGAUUGCACCUGAGACGGCAAUCAAAUUCAUGGCAUACGAACAAUUUAAAAAGUUACUGUCAUCAGAGGGCAAGACGAUUGAGACACACAAGCGGUUUAUGGCUGGCUCUCUGGCUGGAGCCACAGCACAGACAGCCAUCUACCCAAUGGAGGUAUUGAAAACUAGACUGACCCUGAGGAAAACUGGCCAGUAUUCAGGAAUGUUUGAUUGUGCCAAGAAGAUCCUGAGGAAGGAGGGUCUCAGGGCUUUCUACAAGGGCUACAUUCCAAACUUAGUGGGCAUCAUUCCCUACGCUGGGAUAGACCUCGCUGUUUAUGAGACUCUGAAGAACACGUGGCUGUCGUACCACCCUGACUCCCCUAACCCUGGAGUUCUGGUGUUGGUGGCCUGCGGGACCAUGUCUAGUACCUGUGGCCAGCUGGCCAGCUAUCCACUCGCACUUGUGCGCACACGGAUGCAGGCACAAGCGUCCCUGGAUGCAUCAGACCAGUCCUCCAUGACCAGUCUGAUGAAGAAGAUUGUAGCCAAAGAUGGCUUUUUCGGACUCUACCGGGGCAUCCUGCCAAACUUCAUGAAAGUCAUUCCCGCUGUCAGCAUUAGCUAUGUGGUUUACGAGUACAUGAAGACUGGCUUAGGAAUUUCCAAAUGAUGCAGCAAGCAAAUGAACAUUUACUUGUUUUACAUAUCUUACUACAGACUUGAAAAUGCCUGAAAAUAACUCCCAAGAAAACCUACGACGUUAAACAUACAGAGCAUGACUUCCACCAGCUGGCACAGGAGUUCAGUGGAUGGAAAACUGUAUGUAUUCCACUAAAGGUCAUCUGUCAGUAGCUAAACCAUUUAUCGUCCGUGCUGAGCAUGCUUUAAUUGUUAUCCUGCUGUUACACAUAACACACUCCCAAAAUAUGUACACCACCCAAAACAAUAUUAGACAUAAAGAAAGUACUGUACUACAUACAAGCAAAAACAGGAUUUAGGAUUGGUUGUUACAUUUAUCCUACUGUUAUUCUUAAAAAAAUUCUGUUAACAAACCAAAAAGCUAGCUCAAUGGGCCAUACUGUUUUGAUUUUUUGGUAACAGAAUAAAUAUUUUUUAAGAGAAAGCUGAAGCUUAUCCAUUGGGGAUACACCGCAUCGUAAAUCGUCUUAUUUAAAUUAAAAUGACACUACAACAGUUUAAAUGUUUCAGCCCACACCCUUCAGAGGUAAUUUAAGACUUUUCUAAGUUAUAAACACCUUCCCCUAGAGUGACCUCAGCUCCAGACAGCAGCUGUCAACUAAAAAUAACUGUCCCUGAAAAAUCAAUAACUUGUUUACACUGGAAUACUGUGUGCCUGAAGAAAAAUGCAUAUUGUGCAAUGUGAAAAUCACUAAUUCUGUGUGUUAUUUGAUAAUCAUUUAAAUGUGCCUUACAGCCAAUCAAUGUGAACUCUUUAACAUCAACAGAUGUGGUUUUUACUAUGCAUAUACUGUGUGUGUGUGUGUGUGUGUGUGUGUGUGUGUGUGUGUGUGUGUGUGUGUGUGUGUGUGUGUGUGUGUGUGUGUGUGUGUGUGUGUGUGUGUGUGUGUAUAAUCUGUUUUCAGUCAUGACUAUUUAUGGAUUUAAAUUAUGGUUACUACGUAACAUGGUAACACUUAAACAGUUAUAACUGGUCAUUGGACUAAAAUACUUGCAGGGAGCAUG